AUGGAGAAAGAGAGGGCUGCAGAAAUUCUGUCAAUACCGUUGGAGAGCACAUACUUAGAAAGAAACCUUCUCCCACCUUUUCAAUCAUUGAUGGAUGUGCACAACGUAGUAGCUCCUGAAACUACUCAAGACGUCCCUGUAACGAAAGAGGAAAUUGGCUCUCAAUUCUCAGCUCAUGCAGCAGAAGCAGCUCAAGCUUUACAUGAGGUAGAAGGAAAACCAUCUUAUGGGGUAAAUCGUGAUGGAUCAAGGUGGUGGAAGGAGACAGGAGUAGAAAGAAGGCCUGAUGGUGUUGUGUGCCGAUGGACGUUGAACAGAGGUGUGACUGCUGAUGGGGUUGUAGAAUGGGAAGAGAAAUACUGGGAAGCAGCAGAUGAAUUUGAAUACAAGGAACUUGGGUCAGAGAAGUCUGGACGUGAUGCCAUGGGAAACGUUUGGCAUGAGUAUUGGAAGGAAACAAUGUGGCAGGAGCAUGGGCUUUUACAUAUGGAGAAAACUGCAGAUAAGUGGGGAAAGAACGCAAAGGGUGAUGAGUGGCAAGAGAAGUGGUUGGAGCUUUACGAUGCCACUGGAAAAGCUGAGAAGUGGGCACAUAAGUGGUGUAGCAUUGAUCCCACCACUCAACUACAGGCUGGCCAUGCUCAUGUUUGGCAUGAGAGGUGGGGAGAAAACUACGACGGUCAAGGUGCAAGUAUAAAGUAUACUGAUAGAUGGGCGGAGCGUUAUGAAGGAGAUGAUUGGGUAAAAUGGGGUGAUAAAUGGGAUGAAAACUUUGAUCUAAAUGGUCAUGGGGUGAAGCAGGGGGAGACCUGGUGGCAAGGUAAGUGUGGGGAUCAGUGGAACCGUACAUGGGGUGAGAAACAUAAUGGCUCUGGAUGGUUGCACAAGUAUGGCAAAAGCAGCAACGGGGAGCAUUGGGAUACUCAUGUGCAGGAAGGUACGUGGUAUGAGAGGUUUCCACACUUCGGCUUUAUGCAUUGCUUUGAAAAUUCUCCCCAGCUAAGGGAAGUUACAAAACCAUCAGAGACAUGA